AUGGCUCCCCUAGUGCAUGACCCUGCGCUUCCUUUGCGCCCUGGUGAUGGCAGCUCCUCAGAACAGGUACAAUAUCCUGCGCCGUUGCGCUUGAACGGGGCGUUGGACAAAUUCAAUUCCGAGGAUACAACGCCUGCGAUCGGUCGUGAAUUCAUCAACGUCAACAUCGUGGAUGAUCUUUUGAAUGCCGCAAACUCAGACGAUCUUAUCCAGGAUCUUGCCAUCACGAUUUCCCAACGGGGUGUUGUCUUCUUCAGAGCCCAAGACAAUCUUACCGAUGAUCUACAGAAGCAGCUAGUUCACCGACUGGGCCAGUUGGCUGGAAAGCCAGCCGACUCAACACUUCAUAUUCACCCGGUGCUAAACAACACAAACGAAUUCGGAGUCUCGGACGCCCAAGUGAGCACCAUCAGCUCUCUUGCCCGAAAGAAGCUGUUUCGCCACCAAAAUCAGCCAAACAAGCGCCGUUACGACUCGGCUCAGUGGCAUUCCGAUAUCCAAUUUGAGCCUGCUCCGGCUGAUUAUACCUCGCUUCGGUUGACCCAAUUGCCAAAGUCCGGUGGCGACACCCUUUGGGCAUCCGGGUACGAGCUUUACGACCGGUUCUCCCCCGCGUAUCAGAAGUUUUUUGAGACCUUGACGGCGACCUAUAGCGGUGCAGGGUUUAUUGCAGCUGCUGAGGCAGAUCCUGAGAACGUCAAGAUUUAUACUGAGGCACGAGGGAAUCCACUCAAUAUUGGGAGAGAGUUGUCUUCUGUGCACCCUGUUGUACGCACGAACCCAGUGACUGGUUGGAAGAGUAUCUACGCUGUUGGGCCAUUCCCUAAGCAGAUCAAUGAGCUCAGUUCCAGCGAGUCAGAAGAGCUCUUGAAGAAGUUUUAUAACACCAUCCUUGAGAACCAUGACCUUCAGGUGAGAUUCAAGUGGCGGAAUGCGAACGAUAUCGCGAUUUGGGAUAAUCGAUCAGCUUUCCACACUGCCACAUUUGAUUACGAAGGAUUAGGGGAGCGCUUUGGUCACCGAGCGGUUGGUAUCGGUGAGAAGCCGUACUUGGACCCACAUAGUACAUCGAGGGCGAAAGCAUUGGCAGCUGAGAGUACCUGA